AUAAAGGUUCAAUACAUAAUAUCAGAAGUUCAUCAAUGGAUUGUCAGCGUAUUAAGAAGAAAGACCGAAUCAAUAGCAAAAAUUACAGAAAGUAUAGCAAACUCUUAAAACGAACUAUUAUUAUUUCAAAACGGAUCAGUUUAAAUAAUUCUAAUCUGAGUACACCUCCUAACACAAUUGUCAAAUAUUGUGUAACCGAGGGAACGUCUGCUGUGGAAUUCAAUAACAAUUCAAAUAAUUAUAAAAACGAUUCUAUACCAUUUAACAAUUAUUCUGACAAAGAAUCCAGUGACUCAUGUGAAUACGAAUGUCAGAGACAAUGUAGAGAAAACGUAAUUCUGAGAAAGCUUAAUUCUGUGUUUGGAAGUGAAGAGGUUUCAGUGUCAGCUUCAACUGAUACCUAUGGACUUGAAAGGGACUUUUUGUCUCUUAAUGAAUCGGGAAGUUCUUCAAUGGCUCAAAAAUUUGUGGAAGCAAAACCUUGGCCAAUACUGAAGAAGAAUUAUUUCAACAACAAACCAAAUACCAAGAACAAGGGCGUCUGUAUCUUUCCGUCAUUGGAGCUCCAAAUACGACAAGCGGUCCAGUCUAUAUCGUUACAAACGAGCUCUACAAUUACUCCAAAAAAAAAAUCGGUUGCUCACGAAAAUAAAGCUUUAGUGAAACUGCAAGAUGAAGUGAAAAAGCUAUUGGACAUGCCAAUAUUGCAACCACAACCAGUUUCCACAGGAGGACACGAUGCUAAAGAAUCUUUAAAAAAGAGACCAAAGAAUAAAUUGGAAUUGGAGUUAAAAGAAACAUCUGAAGAAUCCUUCCAGCAAAUUCGUAGAGAUGUGAAAAGCGUAGACAAAGAAGCAUGGUGCAGUUUCACGAGAGAAGCCGUAGAAUCUUUAAUAAAGGACUUGCAUCACCUCUCCGUGAUGAGACCGCUUGAGGAAGGAACAGAAGAACCUAAGAAGACUAUUGAUAAUAUUGAAAAAAAUGUUAAUAGUCCCAAAUCAUUGUAA